AUGGCCAGGAAACGAAAAACCCGCGCUACAGAAGCUCCCGAGGAGCCUGAACUCAUACAGCAAACUGAGCCCGAACCCCAGUCGGAGCCCGAACAUCCCCAACCCGAUGGAACCAUGGAAAAUGAAGUCCCUGGAGCGGGAGAUGAAGCGGCUAAGGAAGAAGAAAAAGGAGAAGAAAAAGAGCUGGAAUUUGAGAGAGACGGCGAAGAGGAGCAACCGGACGACAUGCCGGAGGAUAAAAACGAAGCCGUUGUCGACCAGAUGGAGAACGGGCUAGCUAGUGAAAUUACUGAAAAGCCCUCCGAGGUCACCGUUUCGGAGGACGGCCAUGGACAGAAGGAGGUGGAGGAAUUGGAAUUGGAGGAGGAGCCUAUCGAGAAGCUUCUCGAGCCCUUUUCCAAGGACCAGCUGACUCUUCUGAUCAAAGAGGCGGUGGCCCAACACCCGGACGUAAUCGAGAGUGUGCACAGGUUAGCCGAUGCGGACCCCGCCCACUGCAAGAUAUUCGUCCACGGGCUGGGAUGGGAAGCCAGUGCCGAGACCAUCACCUCUGCCUUUGCCGAGUAUGGUGAGAUCGAGGACUGUAAGGUGGUCAAGGAUAAAAUCACCGGGAAAUCCAAGGGCUAUGGCUUCAUCCUGUUCAAGCACCGCCAUGGAGCCCGCCGUGCCCUGAAGCAGCCUCAGAAGGUAAUCGAUGGUCGAUUGGCUUCGUGCCAGCUGGCAUCCGCCGGGCCCAUUCAAGGCUCAGCUCUAGCUUCCGUUUCUUCUGUAUCAGGCCCGCCCAUGUCUGAGUACACCCAGAGGAAGAUUUACGUGAGCAACGUGUCGGCGGAGCUCGAUCCCAGUAAGCUUCUGGAGUUCUUCUCCAAAUUCGGGGAGAUUGAGGAAGGGCCUCUCGGUUUGGACAAACAGACUGGGAAACCGAGAGGGUUCUGCCUGUUUGUUUACAAGAAUCUCGAGAGCGCAAGAAAUGCUCUGGAGGACCCACACAAGAAUUUCGAGGGACAUUCUCUUCAUUGCCAGAGAGCGGUAGACGGCCCCAAGCACAGUAAGGGGGGUAACUCAAACCAGCAGUUUGGUCAGCCUUAUAAGCAGCAACACCACCAAAGCCAUCAGGGGUAUUAUGGUCAUUCAUUAAAAAAGGGGAAAUAUGGUGGGAGCAGUAGUGUAGGUCAUGCAGGGGGACACUUGAUGGCCCCCAGUGGAGGACCACCGGGCAUUCCAGCUGCGGGUUUUAAUCAAGCAGUUGCUCCUGAGGCUAUUGGACAGGCUGUUGCGGCUUUGUUGGCCACUCAGGGGGCAGGUUUGGGUUUUGGAAACUUGCUUGGAGGGAUUGGAGCAGGAGUCAAUCCACAGGGAGCCCCGCCACCUAUGAUGAACAAUGCUGGUGGCUAUGGAGGUCAACCCCGCAUGCAGGGAGGCUAUGGUGGCCAGCAGCAGAUGGGUCAAGGUGGCUUUAGGUCGCAUCACGGUGGUGCACCCUAUAUGGGCCACGGGUCCGAUGAUGAAGAUGAAAGCCUCGCUCAAUUCCUCGAAUCUGAGGUCUUCUCCGAACUCUCCGAUCAGGAAAAUAUCAUUCACACUUUGCGUGAGGAAGAACUUGUGUGCCAACACAGGAGACUAAACAAGCAAUAUCAGUAGCUCCACAACCUUGAUAACAAGCAAGAGCUCCUGACCCUCCUCCGCUAAUCCCACAGUCUAAGGUGCACGUAAUUGCCGCCUGGCUACAGUUGAUCAUGCAUUGGCCGACCGAUGGUUGUUGUGCAGCAGCAUACUGCAUUAGCCCAACAAAGCAUGCUAGCACGACUAGCAUGAUGGAUAAUCGUUGUGCCAUAAAGAAAUUAGAACUCGAGAGCAUUAUAAUUAAUUAAUAAAACAUUGUCUUUUUAUAUAGUUGGGUUUUGUUUAUGGGUUGUGAACUUAAAGUGUUAAGUUCUCCCGUUUUAUAGAGUGUGGAGUGGAUCAACUUGUGUGGAUCUUUUUCAAUGUCAAUCUUGAAUCGGUUGUCUGAG